CCCCGCACAUGCGCACGGUGAUAGACCUGGCCACUCUCCGUCCUGCUUCCUGCAUAGGCCCUUCCUCUUCCCAGAGAGCGAGUCGCUUCCCGAGCGGCGCAUGCGCGUCUGAGUUUGCACACAGGUGCCUGGACUCCAUGCACCCUCUUCCCCAUAAUGUCUGCUUUGUGCCUAAAGAAACUAAUGGGCCAGGCUAUAAGAAAUGAUGGUAAUUUCCUCACUAGAUGUUUUGCCACUUUGUGGACACAACCAGUGCAUGCCACAAUGAUCCCUCACACCUGGGUAGAACUGGAGCAGUCUAAAGGAGGAUUUCUCUCUGUUUUUACAAAACAAUUUUGUACAUAUGAAGAUGCUGAAGAAAAGGUGAACAAGAAAAGCAACUCCAAUGCCAGAAAAACCAUUGGCAGUGUUGGCAGGAAAAUCCCUCAUCGAAUUAUUCACCUGAUUGAUGAAAAUGGAGAGGAUAAGGGACCAGUACACAGAGCAGACGUGAUUCGUAUCAUGGAUGAAAGGGAGUUGAAGCUUGUUGCGCUGAAGGAAACAGCAGACCCUCCAGUAUUCAGACUAAUGAGUGGUCAGCAGAUUCACGAAGAGCGUCUCCAGCUUAGAGACAAGCAGAAAGCUAGUGCCAAAAAGGGACCUGUUCAGCAGAAGGAAUUAACUUUUACCACAACCAUUGGACAGCACGAUUUAGAUGUGAAGGUGAAACAAAUUCAGCAGUGGAUUGAAAAGAAGCAUCAUGUCAAGGUUACUGUGCAGGAAAAGAAAGGUGAUGGAUCAAAAAUGAUGCAAGAGCUCUUCGGGCAGAUUUUGGAGACCAUGCCGGACAAAGCUACUUACCUCUCCCCGCCACGUGUCCUUAAAGAAGGAAGAAGCAUGUGCGUAUAUAGACAUAUGUCAGAGAAAGAACUCCAUGCCUAUAAGCGUAAGGAAAAAGAGAAACGUAUGCAGGAGGACAAUGAGCAAAAAGACAAAAGUAUGCAGGAGGACAAUAAAAUGGAAGCUACUGAACCACAUCUUUCAAAACAGUGAUCUUUUUAAUACAAAGUGGAAACAUUUCAGAACAAAUUCAGUUUUCCGUACAGACUGCAAACUUAUCAACAGUGACUUCAUAAAGCCAUUCAAGUGCAUGAGGCUCAGCUACUACUCUAGCCUAGACAUAACGUCUCAACAGCCGGCAGGGUGUUCUUCACAUUGCUCUGUAUGGUCAAAGUCUCCUUUAUCGCCUGUUCUUUUCUUUUCUGUGCUUUCGGUGGGAUGUAGCCAGCGAGGCGAGAGGCCAGACUCCGCUUGGGACGCUGUUUCUAGCAUUAAAGAACACAACAAGUUCCAUCAGAAAUAAUUUUUUAAAAAACGUUAUUGUGUACAUUUAUGAUCUUUUUUUGAGUAAAAGACUGAACAAGUAA